CAAAGGCAAAGUAAAACGACUGAUGAAUUAGUUGUCGUUAGAAUAUGAUCUCUCUCCUCUUCCUCUGCCUGCUCCAAAACUCAUAUAUCGCCCGAAGAUCCCUUUCUCUUUCGAUUGUCUAUUGUUUAGGGUUUCUCUUUCAUCGAUCGUUCUCCAUCGUUUCAGGAUUCUAGGGUUUCAAACCUAAGUUCCAAACAUUAAUAUUUUCAUUCGGAGAGAAAGAGAUGGUUCUGUCGCAGAAGCUCCACGAAGCCUUCAAAGGAACCGUGGAGAGAAUCACAGGCCCUCGAACAGUCUCCGCUUUCAAAGAGAAGGGUGUUCUCAGUGUCAGUGAGUUUAUCACUGCCGGUGAUAACCUUGUUUCCAAAUGUCCUACCUGGUCAUGGGAAUCGGGUGAGCCAAGCAAGAGGAAGCCAUAUUUACCAACUGAAAAGCAAUACCUUAUAACUAGAAAUGUCCCUUGUUUGCGAAGAGCAGCAUCUGUUGAAGAAGAGUAUGAAGCUGCAGGAGGGGAAGUACUUCUUGAUGAUGAAGAUAAUGAUGGCUGGUUGGCAACCCAUGGGAAGCCAAAGGAGGGUAAAAGUGAGGAGGAUGAAAACUUGCCCUCCAUGGAAAAUUUAGAGAUCAGCAAGAACAAAGCUGUAAAGUUGACUCUGUAUUUUGGCGGGGAUGACGAUGAAGAUAUUCCUGACAUGGCUGAUUAUGAAGAUCAUGAUAACGUUAUUGAAAGUGAUCCUGCAACCUUGCAGCCUACAUAUCUUGUUGCUCAUGAACCUGAUGACGAUAAUAUUUUACGCACCCGAACCUAUGAUGUCAGCAUCACGUAUGAUAAAUAUUAUCAAACUCCUCGAGUGUGGCUUACUGGUUAUGAUGAGUCAAGGAUGCUUUUACAACCAGAGCUUGUACUUGAAGAUGUCAGUCAAGAUCAUGCCCAUAAAACUGUCACCAUUGAGGACCAUCCUCAUUUGCCUGGGAAGCAUGCCUCUGUUCAUCCUUGUCGACAUGGAGCAGUGAUGAAAAAAAUCAUUGAUGUGCUCAUGUCACGUGGUGUUGAACCUGAAGUUGACAAGUACCUUUUCUUAUUCUUGAAAUUUGUUGCAUCUGUGAUUCCAACUAUUGAGUAUGACUACACCAUGGACUUUGAUCUUGGCAGCUCCAGCAACUGAGCCAAAGAAAUUUCGAGGACUCAAUUUGUGGUCUGAUGCUUUGCCGAAGCCAAACCCAAGUACAUACAAACUGUGCAUAUUUUCACUUGUCCUGCUCCAAAAGUGUACAUGGUACUCCCCGUCAACUGAUGGAAACGGGGUAUAAUCACUUCUACCCCAUGCUAUAAAUUAGUGCGUGGAUAAUAUUAUUUGUAGAUCUGUCAAACAUGUCAAAGCUCAAUUUUCAUGUAAUAGGUUUUAGAAUAAUCUGAUCUGCCUUGUCAAUUAUCAUUAGCUAUUAUUUGUUUAGCUGUUUUAAGUAAAGGGUACAUAUUACUAGUCGUUAACUUUCGCCAAAAAUAUUACUUGGAUCUAAUACUCUUCUAAGUUAUUUGGAACAUGACUAGUCGUGUUAUUUAGCUAUUUUGGCCAGUGCGACCUUGUUGAUGUAGUGCUAUUUAGUGACUUUGGCCAUUGCGUUCA